GCAACACAUUUUCCUCUCUGAACCUCACAAAAGCAAAGAUAGACGAUCUACCGGUACACUUCCUGGCUCACAUCAGUACGGUGUUUCUGACAGAAGGAGACACCCGUCGCUCCAGUCUCUCAUAAGUUUACCUUCUGGCUACCCUAUUACUUCCAGUUUCCGGACAAAGGUUUCCCAGCCUCAACCACUGCACCCCGCUAUUCAUCAUGAAGUGUCAGAAAUGCCGACAGACUAUAAGGCUUCACGGAUCGUUAGAAGACCUCAGCCCGGCAGCGUUCAAUCUCUUAGUUGGAUCCUCCGCAAACGAGCGUCCACACUCUGUAGACCAAGCAUCUACCCCGCAGCGACCAACAUAUCCUCAGGACCGACAAGAUGUUUACGAGAAGGCGAGCCGAAACUCCCCAGCCCCAUUAUUCAAACACAUGGUUCAACCCAAGCACCCACCGUCCCUGACGGCACCACAUUCCCGACAGAACUCGAAAUCAAUUUAUCAAAACCCUGUGGAUUCAUACGUUAUGCUAUCGCAAUCGCAGGUUGUCCCGCCAACACAAACUGCAUCUCGCAGCACGGGAAGCUCUUUGCAAGCCGAAUACACUAUUGGGAAUGACCAUGAUCAGAACGCCUUGUCACAGCAGAUGAAGACCUCUGCAGUUUUGUUCGAUAUUUUAUCUUCGAGGUCAGAUAUAGAUCAUCCGAUAUGCCAAGAGUGCUCGGAGAUGUUGACCGAAGGGUUGGCUAAACGCUACGCAAAUGUCACGAGGGAACGUGACGCAUAUGUAGAUUAUCUUAAGCGAGUCAAUGCAGAGAUACCUACAGAUGCGGAACAUGAAGCUGCUGCGAAGGAGCUAGAGGAACUGAAGGCUCAGGCUGCGGCUGAGUUGCGAGAGCUACAGGACAUGGAGCAGGAGAAAGCGGAUGUCGAGGCCGAAAUCAAGGCUCUUGAGGAAGAGAAAAUGAAGUUAGAUAAGGAAGAGCAAGAGUUUUGGAGAGAGAAGAACUCCUUCUCGCUUCGAUUAGAGGCUUUCCAGAACGAACGGGAUGGGGUUAACCUCCAAUACGAUCAUGACUCUCGGCAGCUGGAGAAACUGCAAAGGACAAAUGUGUAUAAUGACACAUUUUGUAUUGGCCACGAUGGGUACUUUGGCACAAUAAAUGGCUUGCGGCUGGGAAGGCUCCCCAACCAGCCUGUAGAAUGGACCGAAAUCAACGCAGCCUGGGGCCAAACCCUUCUCCUCCUUGCUACCAUCGCCGAAAAAUUAAACUUCACCUUCGACUCCUACCGUCUAAAACCCAUGGGCUCUUGUUCUAAGAUAGAAAGACUCGACCCACCCACCAACCCCGCCAACGAACCCAAGAUCACAGUCCUAGAGCUCUUUUCAUCCGGUGACCUCCCGCUGGGCCGGAUGUUCAUGCACCGCAAAUUCGACCAGGCGAUGAUGGCAUUCCUGGAAUGCCUCCGCCAACUUGGCGAGUUUGUCGAGAGAACUGAUUCUCAAGUGAAACUGCCGUACAAGAUCGUCAAGGAGAAGAUCGGGGACAGUUGCAUCCGCCUUGCAUUUAACCAGGAUGAGGCAUGGACUAGAGCGUGUAAGUACACCCUCACUUGCGUCAAGUUUUUGCUGGCGCACACCAGUAAUGCGAAGAGGGUAAUGGAUAGGCCUUGAGUGAUAGAGCAUAGUGGUGUAAAGUUCCGAAUAGAAGUCUUCCUUCCUUUCGUUUCUUCUUGCUCUUUGUUCGGUGGGCUCAGGUCAAGGCAGGUUGUGAUUUUGGGACUGGCUGUAAUCCAGUCAUAUUACGAUGUAAUAAUAUAGACUCCUGAAAGCUUAAGGUUGUGUAUUGAAUACCCCUUGCUCUUCGUUAUCGGGUACGGGGGCCACACUACUGUACAUUACAAUGGUAUACUUUAUUUUUAUAAGCUUA